AUAGAGCCCUGUGUGGUCACAGCGCAUAAGCAAAUCCAUUCUUGUACCGCUUCCCUGAAAAGCUUUUCAGUAAAUGCACUCAUGCUACUACAGGAGCUUCUCUCAGCAAUAAGCCACCCAUCUGCCAUCAACAAGUUAGGACUAAAGGAAGCCACAGCUGUGGAAAAGGAAAACGUGAGCUUCAAUUAACCAGCUGAGCAGCCACGGAGGACAAAAACUUGUAUUAAGAUUUAAAAAUUGCAGACCUGUCAGCAGAGAUCAAGGCAGCAAUUUCAAAAGGAAUAUUCCAAGAGAGCAUCAUGGAUUUUGCACUAAUAUCAAAGGACACUAAACCCAGUCAAUUAUUCAAGGCUGUUUUACAUUAGAGCCUUUCACAGACUCACGGCGUUGAGUCUCAAACUACGACUGAAUGCACCCUCCAAUGUACUCAAAAGAAUGGGCUUACAUUUCAAGUGGCCAUUAGGGGCUCGUAUGCUGGCAGCACUAUAUGCAAUGAGUAUGGUUUUAAAAAUGCUGCCUGCCUUGGGCAUGGCUUGUCCACCAAAAUGUCGCUGUGAGAAGCUGCUCUUUUACUGUGACUCUCAGGGGUUUCACUCAGUGCCAAACACCACUGAAAAGGGCUCGCUAGGUUUGUCACUGAGGCACAAUUAUAUUUCUGAACUUGAAAGGGAUCAAUUUGCAAGCUUCAGUCAACUUACUUGGCUUCACUUAGAUCAUAAUCAAAUUGCAACAGUCAGAGAAGAUUCUUUUCAAGGACUGUAUAAACUUAAGGAAUUAGUCUUAAGUUCCAACAAAAUCUUUCAUUUGCCAAACACAACUUUUAGCCAGCUGCUUAACCUGCAGACUUUGGACCUCUCUUUUAAUCAGUUAUCCUCUCUGCACCCCGAGCUCUUCUACGGCCUUCGCAAGCUACAGACCUUGCACUUGCGAUCCAACUCCCUGCGGACCAUCCCGGUCCGCCUGUUCUGGGACUGUCGUAGCCUGGAAUUCCUGGAUUUGAGCACAAACCGCUUGCGAAGUUUGGCUCGCAAUGGAUUUGCGGGAUUAAUCAAGCUGAGGGAGCUUCACCUAGAGCACAACCAGCUGACAAAGAUUAAUUUUGCUCACUUCCUCCGGCUGAGCAGCCUGCACACGCUCUUCUUGCAGUGGAACAAAAUUAGCAACUUGACAUGUGGGAUGGAGUGGACUUGGGGCACCUUAGCAAAGCUCGAUUUGACUGGAAAUGAAAUCAAAGCCAUCGACCUCACCGUCUUUGAAACUAUGCCUAACCUUAAAACCCUCCUCAUGGAUAACAACAAGCUAACCACUCUGGAUUCCAAGAUCCUGAGCUCGCUGACAUCCCUCACCACCGUGGGCCUCUCUGGCAAUCUGUGGGAAUGCAGCCCAAAGAUCUGCGCCUUGGCCACAUGGUUGAGUGGCUUCCAAGGUCGGUGGGAGCACUCCAUCCUCUGCCACAGCCCCGACCACACCCAGGGAGAGGAUAUUCUGGACGCAGUGUAUGGUUUUCAGCUUUGCUGGAAUUUAUCGACUGUGGUUACCCCUGUGGCUACGACAUCGUACACAGCUCCAACUACUGAGUACACGAAAAGAAUAAGCUCUUCUCAUUUCCAUGUGGGAGACAAAGAGAUUCCAACUACAGCAGGCAUGGUUGUUACCACCGAAGAACAGUUCCCUGAGCCAAACAAUGCCAUCUUCACUCAGAGGGUAAUUACAGGAACAAUGGCUUUAUUGUUUUCUUUCUUUUUUAUCAUUUUUAUAGUGUUCAUCUCCAGGAAGUGCUGCCCUCCCACACUAAGAAGAAUUAGGCAGUGCUCAAUGAUUCAAAACCACAGGCAGCUCCGAUCCCAAACACGGCUGCAUAUGGCCAAUAUGUCAGACCAAGGACCCUAUAACGAGUACGAACCCACCCACGAAGGACCCUUCAUCAUCAUCAAUGGCUAUGGACAGUGCAAGUGCCAGCAGCUGCCCUAUAAAGAAUGUGAAGUAUAAUACCUACAGCUCAUCAGAAAGCAAAUCAGAUAAGUAACCUACUUUAAAAUUGUAGGGACCUACAUCAGAUUCUAAUUUUUACAGAUGUUGACAUAAAGCCUAAUUUUCCAAGCUACUUAAUGGAAACAUUGUUUAUGGAGUGGUGCAGUAUUUUUAAGUUUUUUAAAAAAUAAAUCCAUAAUAUUUUCAGUGUUAAAGAAGCAAUGAUUACAUUCAACUUGCACUCCUAAUGUUUAAAAGUCUAAAGAGAUACUCACCUCAAACUAUGUAAAAUGUUUCAUGUUAUGUAAUUAUAUGACUGUGUGUAAACAUUUAUACCCAAGUCUCCAUAUUCUACUUUUUCUACUGCAAACAGUCUUAGGGGAAGGAGACUGGAUAUCUGUGCAGGGAUCUGUGGGGAACGUGUGCUCCAUUUGUUCCACUGCAGCUGGAGGAUCCUAAACACUGCAGCUGGCUCCGGGCACUUUAAGGGCAGCCCAGGAGGAAGAUUUUCCUUCUCUGAGCAUUUCACUCCACUAAAGGAAGGGAGGGAAAAAAAAAAAAAAAAAAGAGCAACAAAGGUCCAGGUGGGAAUUUCAGUGCAUUGGUGUGAAUUUAUCUGAAAUAGUUUUGCUCUGCAUGUUCAUGGCUCGGCUUGCUGAAAGGAACAGCAGGCACAGAAAGGAGCAGUUCACACGGGCACUCAGCCCCAGGCAGGAUAGGCACACAUACACAAGAGCAGGAUGGGCAGGAGAGGCAUACACACAGCUCCAGACAGGAUGGGCACACACACCCAGCCCUGGGCAGGAUGGGCACACACCCCUCCAGGAGCAGGACAGCCCUCCGUGUGUCCCCACAUCGGCACUGCAGCUUCUUUAGAGAGGCUCAGCACACUGGGAUCGAUUGGAAAUAUUAAGUACAUUCAGUCCUUGGCUCCCUAGUUUCACUUGAUGAUGCUUUUCAUGAAUUCAGGCUAAUUACUUAAUGAUGAUGAACAAACAGCAUUUCAGCACCUUUUCAUGUGUAAAUACCCUUAAUGCAAGGUUCUCUUAAUUAAAAGCAAAUAUCAACAGCAAGGUUAAGGAGAAGAGGGAAGGAAGAAAGGAAGGAAGGAAGAAGCCUUUCUUUGUCCCCCUGCUGCCCCCCCAGCUGAGGCUUCCUCUGGCUGGGAAGCUAUUUUCAUGCACUAACUCCACUGGUUUCUCUGGAGACAGAAUUAGCCCCUGUAAUAUAAGCUCUCACUUGUCCUCCUCUUCCAAAAUUCAAGAUAAAAAAAGACCCCUUCUGAUAAGUUAGGAGAAUAUGAUUAGUUUAUAGAAUCGUUCACUGAAAAAUGUUUUGUUUCUUACUCGAUGUGGGACAGAAUUUAAACUAGUAUGACUUUUUAAAAAAUCAUAUAUAAAUAUAUAUACACAUGCACCUCAUUCUAAGGGGUAAUUUGGUUUCUUUAGCCAGAAGUACCAUAUUGCUAUUUAUACUCUAUUAUGGAAUUAUAUGUAAAUAUUCGCAGAUCUAUGCAGUGAUGGUGGUACUCAGAUGCCACGAGGGUGGGGGGUGGGGGGUCUGCAAAGGAUUACAUUAUUUUUAAGUCAACUGCUCAAAUAUUGUAAACAUUCUAACCAAAGCUAAAAGAUUCAGAGGGAUGGAGAAUUAUUUUAUAUAUAUAUAUACACGUAUGUAUAACAAAAAAAUGUGUUGUGUCCAAUGCUGCAGUGUUAAACAAUUACCAGCACACCCCGAUGAAGAAAUGAAAUUCCUCACAGUGUUGCCAUAUUUUGACCAAAUCCAUAAUUACAGUAUGCUAAUUGUGAUGUAUUAAACUAUCCUGCAAACUUUUUGAACAGAAAAAACCACUACACAAAAAUCUGUUUGCUAUUUCACUCUGCUUUUCUCUCUGUAUUACCACUUAGUGAGGUAUUUAGGGUGCAAUUAUACAACAGUUUGAUGUUUUCUUGUGAGAUUAAUUCAUCCAAGGCAAUUAUAGCAAGAUAAUUCUUGUAAGAUUUUACAUAAAGGUUUUUCAAUUGCUGGUUUUGAAGACAUUAAUUUGCAUCAUUUUACUUUUACAUACAGCGCCCUUAAUAUAAAACCAAUAUUUUGUUUACUUCCCUUGACUCUGUACUUUAAUGGAAGAGAUGAUCCAGUGAAGCCUAAUGGAUUUCCAUAGAGAUAUCUCUGAACUCUUGUUACUGUUAAUACUAAGAUGAGUCCAUUUACACCUGUUCUGGGAAAUUAAUUACUGCUUUUAACUGACUACAAAAAAAUCCUGUGGGGUAGGUGGACAAAGAGCAGAUAUUCUGGAUGAUUAAAUCCCACGUAGGCAGAAGGCCAGAGCUGAGAAAUACAAACCCAUGUUGGUCCCCAGGGGUAUUUAGCUACUGUAGGAAGAUUUGCUUUGCUCCUUCCCAUAAGUAAGUGCUCACAGCUCUCCUGAGGCCCAGGAUGCUGCUCCAGGAGCAGGUGAGUGAGCCUCACCCUGCACUGGCUGGCACAGGCCAGCUCCAGGAGCCUGGGGCGGAGGCACUUGGGGAUGACUUCUACCUACAGCUGCAGGGCACCAGCACAGACAAAGUCAUCACUGAGCUUGUUAAUUACCCUGGCAACCAAAUAAUCUGGCUGUGCUGCCAUCCCCAGUGAUGUCAGAUGUCACCAGUGAACUCUGACAGCCUCAGCUGUGUCUGCAGGAAGCAAUCCCAGAAACUCUGGCUGUCAGACAGUUCAAGGGGUACCACCUCAGUCUUCCACAAGGGAAUGAGAAGGGGCUGCUUGAUGAGGAGCUGAGCUUCCUUCAGAGGAGGUGUUUUCCCAACAGCCCAGCUCUGUCUCACUCCAUCUUUAUGAGCUUUUAAUUCCCCCCAGGAAGAGCAAAGACAGAUGUCCAGCAAUGCUGCAUUUAACCCUCUUCUCCAUCCCUGCCACUCAUGGUGAUUUUCCAAGCACUAAAGCACACCCACCCAGGCACCCAAGCUUCCACUGGUCCUGAAGUGCCUGGCCUGCAGACAGCAGAGCAGGAGGGAGCAGGCACAGCCCAGCACCGUUCCCUCUCUGUACUCCACAGCCAAUCUCCCAAAUGCUAUGGUUUACGUCUGCUAUUUCCAAACCCAUUUGUUGCCAGGUUUCAGGCAUAAGCAAAGCAAUUCAGCAAACAUUACAUUUAGGGUAACAGGUAUCAUAAAACUCACAGAAUGUCAAACAGCAGCAGCGAAGUCAACUUGAAUUCCCUGCGGAGGGACAGCGAGCACCAGGCAGAGCCAUCGCUCUGCACAAGGACACAGCCAGAGGCUGUUAAUAUUUUUUAUUUUAAAGUUACUGUCUUCCAUUCACAAUUGCUUGUGACUCUUCCAGGCAAGGAGGGGAUUGGAAUAAACGUGCUACUCAGCAGUCCCUGAUUUAUUUUGUUGAUGGAACAAGAACCACAAUUAUUUGGUUUAAAUUAAUCAUAUUUCAGUACAAGCACUGGCUGAAGACAGGAGCUUGUUAACCUGCCCUCCCCAAACACCAUCUCUGCUGCAUAGCCUUGGUUUGUACAGAUCCUACACUGCUUACAGGUGCUUCAACACCUCCAGGCACAACCUCAGAGGUCUUUGGGUCUUUUACAAACAGAAUUCCUUGUACUGCUCUUGACGUCCUUGUCCCAUCCAAAGAUCUCCUCCAUCCUCGCUGAUACCCAGGCAGCUUCCCCUGGCUCCUCACCCUCGUGUCAGUGAAAUGGAAAUCCAGCAGCACAAGUUCGGGUUUUGAGUCAUUCUCCUGGAACAGGCUGAAUUAAUGCUCCCAGUUAGUCUCUCUGCAUUAGAUCAGUGUUUAAAUGCACACAAGGAAAAAUGACUCGAUGAAGGGUGAAAUGGGUGAGUGUUCAGGCUCCAGCUGAAGUAUUCCUCUGCACUGAGCUCCCGUUCCCUAUCAGAUGGAAACAUAAUGAAUGCUGCUGCAUUGGUGUUUGGCUUUGUUUGUUUCUCCCCCAAGCAGAAAUGAUCCGAUUUUUCAGUGAUCAGCCACAUGCAAAUCUGAGCUUCUGUCCCAUUACCCCCUUACAAGACAGGGGCCUAUUGCUACUUUGUAAAAUCAGAAACAUCCCAUGGCUUUAAACCAGAAAUCUGCACUACACACUUAUUUUUAAUGUGUCUAAGAUAAUUUCUGUACUACUUUAAUGGAAAUAAAGCUGAUUUAAUUUUGUGAUCUGUGUAGCUAUCAAAAUCCAUCUGUUCAGAUCUAUGAAACUUACCCAGGAGCUGAAUUUCAUCUUUCUUAUGAAGUUUUCCAUAAAAAUUAGACAAGUUCAGAGGGGGAUACAGUAUUUCUCCUCCCCCCCAAAAGGAACAAGCAAGGAAACAACAGAAACCAAAGGCAGCAGCUCCUCCCUCCCCACACCUUCCUCCACUGCAAAUGUCCCAGAUGCUAAAAUUGGUGCUGGGCUUUGCUUUUUAAGGCAUCACGUUAGCAGGAUGCUUAGAGAUAAUUUCAGAAUCAGCUGGAAAUUCAGCAUUUCACAUCUUGUGUAAAAAUCUGAGAGGCAUCUAGGGAAAGGUACCAGAAGCUUUGAGGGCUACAGUCAGGCCUCAGAUGGGGUGAAACAGCGUUGUACACCACUGUGUAAGCAGGUUGUACACCUCUGUGUAAGCAUUAAGAGGAUAUGCCUGCCAUCUCCCAACCAGUCCUUUGUAAAAAGCCAAACAAAACCCACCCCAUUUUUCUUUUUACUAAUGAAAACACUAGUAAGUGAACUAUUCUACCAGCUUAGCAACCCAAGAUUACAGAGAGUCCUAGAUGCAUUGUGUUAAAUUAUGUUUCAAGAGCCAAGUUCUGGUGGGAGGGGGUGUGAGUAAUGGAGUAAAACAAGUGCAGUGUACAGAAGCAUUUUGUUAUUAAAAUUGUGUAUACUGUAAAACUGAA